GUUAAAGUCCCACGAGCCUCCAGGUCGUUUAAAAAUAACUUCACGAACGAAGCGGAUUGUCAUCAAAACAAGACUUAAAGUUUGUUUUUAGAGAAGAAAGUGGAGAUGAAAGCUCUCGGUGUCCAUCAUCAGGAGGAUGUUUUUCUAAACCAAACAGCUGAUAUCCAGCAGCUGUCGGAGGUUAAAGAAGAGGUUCUUCAUCUGUGGAGCUCCAGUCUGGACCAGCAGGACCCAGAACUCUGCCACGUAAAGCAGGAAGAGGAAGAGCAGCUUCAUGUGAAGAGUGAAGAUGAUGAGAAACCUCAGGUAUUCCAGCUUCAUCAGAUCAAAACUGAAGACAACAAAGAGACAGGACGUCCAACCAGCAGCUCAGCUGAACAGAUGAAAACAGAACCUGAUGGAGAGGACUGUGGAGGACCAGAACCAGACAGGAACCAGGAUCCAAAUGCUCCCUUACAGCCAAAAACUGAUGAAAAGCCUUCAGUCUCUUCAGAGACUGAAGACAGUGAUGAUUAUGAUGAUGAUGAUGAGGAGGAUAUGUUAGAUUCUGGAUCAGAAGCAAGUGACAGCGAUGAAGACUGGAGUGAAACUGGAACACCUGUGUCGGGAGUAAAAAACAAAGUGGGACGUAAAAGUGCCAAGAAAUCCUUCAGCUGCUCUGAGUGUUGUAGAGAGUUUGUCUUGGAGCGAUCUCUUCAGAAACACAUGGCCUCUCAUUCAGCUGGACGCUCGUCCGGUUUGGCUGAUAAACGUUCUGGAAAGAAGAAAAAAGAAAAUUCACGAGGAGUCACAGCUCAGACACAAAGAGUUUCUUGUGUUGAUUGUGGGAAAACGUUUCCGUUACGGUGGCACCUUAAACUUCACAUGAGAAUUCACACCGGAGAGAAACCGUUUACUUGUGAUCAGUGCGGUAAAGCGUUUAGUCAUGUGCAAACUUUAAAAACUCACAUGAUGCACCACACAGGAGAGAAACCGUUUCAGUGUGAGGUGUGUGAUAAACAAUUUUACUCCAAAUAUGUUCUGAAGCAACACGCCUUCAUUCACACGGGACUAAAACCCUUCGCCUGCAGUAUUUGUGGUCGAAGUUUCAGACUUCGCGGCGAUCUUCAAGCACACGAGAUAAGUCACAAGGGAGUGAAACCAUAUGUUUGCGGGGAUUGUGGCAAAAGAUUUUCUCAACUGGGAUCUCUGAACAGACAUGCUAAACUCCAUACGGAGGAGAAGCCGUUGGAGAAGCCGUUCGCCUGCGAUAAGUGUGACAAAAAGUUUUCCCGAGGGACACAUCUCAAGCGUCAUGUCUUGAUUCACUCAAAAGAAAAGGAAGACAAAAAUGAAAAUAGACCCUUUGCUUGUAAAAGCUGCAAAAAAAGAUUUUUGCAGAAGAAACAUCUUAAAGCGCACAUGCUCGUCCACACGGGAGAAAAACCGUUCUGGUGCCAUAUUUGUGAUGCAAAAUUUGCUCGACCAGAUGCUCUGAGGAGACACGAUGCGAGAGUCCAUAAAAAAUAAAACCACUGAUCUAGGGCUUUUUUUUUUUAGGAAAGGUUUAGUUCAUGUGUACGUAACUAUGUUGAGAAGUGCGGUGGAGGUUGAGAACUCCCCUGUGGAAUGAUCCUCCUGACCUUCUGAGGACGCCUCAGUCUACAAACAAUUUUCAACGUGAAC